ACCGUCUCGCAACCUGGCCAGGAUUCCGCAACGCAGGGAGAGCAAGACGGAUAGCGAAGAUCAGCUAUUUUCGCCGGCCAUCUCAUGGAGUUGACCCACUCCUGCAUUGAUGGUUUACCAAAGGGCCCUUGGACUAAACAGCUUAAGGAUUUCCCAAGAAGUUUCUGCGAGAAAUCUAUUCUGGACUAUCAGGAAGCCGUGGGGGCCAGUAAGCAUUAUCUGGAGGGAUAUGCAAUGUUCAAAGCUGAAAAGGUGAAAGAUGUGCUGCUACAUCACUCCACAAGCACAACGGUGAAAGGAAAAGUAAAGGCAUCAUACACACUCCGAAAGGAGUACCCCGUUGUUUUGAAAGUUGCUGCAGCUGGAAAUGUCACAGGCGGCCAUUGCAAGUGCCCCAGUGGCAAAGGGGGUGUCUGCAAACAUGUGGGUGCACUAGCAUGGUUUGUUUUGGAUGUACUUCGUACAGGAAACUCCUACAUCCCCGAUCCAGUGUCAUGCACCGAGAAGCCACAACAGUGGGGGCACAGAAGUGCUAAAGGAAAUCUCAACUGCCAAGAAUUCCAACAGCUUGUAUUCGCAAAGCAUGUACCUGGCAGAUCUAUAGUACAAGCAGCAGGGCCAAAGCUAAAGCAUGAAGUGGGACCUACCAAGGAAGCGCUUCAGCUGCUCGCUGAUAACAUCAUGAAAGACACUGGUUCACAUAUGCAUGCCAGGAUACUUCAAAGUGUCAACUACGAACCGGUAACGAAGAAGCGAUGUGCCCUGCGCCCUUUGCAAACUGUUCGAUCUAACCCAAUCAGCCUGCCCACCAAAAUACUCUGGGUCGACGAUGCGAAGCCGUACACACCACAUCACAGCCUCAGUCUAAAGGAAGCGCAGGAGCUUGAAAAGCUGACACGUGGACAAGGCUCAAACGAGCUGUGGAUAAAAGAACGGUCUACCAGGGUUACAGCGUCCCACUUUGGCGAUGUAGUUCGAAGGAAGGCACCAAUCAACCAAAAGAUGAUUGACAGAAUAUUCUGCAAAAAAUCUCACAGUACGAAGUACAUGAGAAUAGGACAAGAAAACGAGAACCCUGCCCUUCAGAGGUACAAGCAGGCAAGAAGUGUUGACGUUUUUCCAGUGGGACUGUGUGUGAACCCAGGAAUUCCUGACCUCGGGGCAUCACCGGACGGCUUGGUGUACGAAAGGGACACUGGUGAUUACGGGCUUGUUGAGGUCAAGACUCUGGCAAAAGCAAAGGACAGUAAUCUACAAACAACAGACGCCAUUGCUUGCAGCAUGGCACUAUUCCUAAAGGAUGGAAAACUGAAGCACACACACAAGUAUUAUUAUCAAAUACAGGGACAACUAGCUUUGUCAGGGCUACUUUGGUGUGACUUGGUUGUGGAUAGUGGCAGUGGUGCUCCAUUUGUUCAGCGGAUCCCGUUCAACCAAGAGCUGUGGAGAGACGUCAUGCUUCCCUCGUUACUGAACUUCUAUGACGCCAGUCAGAAUAACAACUCUGACUGAAUGGUGCAAGUGCAUAACAGGAACUGUAUUUGAGAUGAGAGAGAUCCCCAGUGGAGAGCCGCAGAUAUUUCGAACAGAGACUGUGCUUCUUCUGGAGAAGCACAGUCUCUGUUCGAAAUAUCGGCAGCUCUCCACUGAGGCUCUCUCUCAUCUUAGGAACUGUAUUUGUAACAUAGACAAAUUAUUACAAAAUAUGUACAUAUUGACACAGUGAGUAAAAUGAACGAAUAUAUGUGGGACAUCCAAAAGUAACCGGAGUGAAACCAUGGUCCCUCAGCAUUUUGCUGCUGCGGCUCGAGGAGCAUUUGCAGUUUUUUUCUCGUGGGCCAAGCUGCAGCCGAGACUCCCAUCAUGCUUAUAAGACAGCUGUGGCA